UAAUUGUUUAAUAUAGCAUGGAGACAAGCUUAUCACAUUAAGUCCUUCUCACCCAUCCUGCUCCGUUUAUCGCAUUCUUCUCUCCACCUCUCUUCUCUGUGUGUUGAAGUUAGGGUUUUUCGAUCUCAUUUUACGAUUUCUUGGAUUCUCCGGAACAAGAUUCUCUGCUCUUUUCCUUCGGUUGAUUGAUAGCCAAUUUGAGAGGAAAGAAAGUGUUAACGAAAGAUAGAAAGACAAAGAAAAUGUCUCUGCUGCUCUUGUCUAAUCCUGUUACCUCUCUCUCCCCUUUUUUGUCUUCGUCUUCGUCUUUUCCUGCUAUUCAAGUUCCAAGGUUGCAGUUCAAACCCAUAGAUUUGGGCCCCAAAUCUUUGAAAAGAGUUGGAUUUGAGAAUCCAAACCUCUGCAGCUGCAAAAGAGAUGCAAUCAUUGUGAAAGCUGCCUCCUCUCUAGACAUUGAUGGAACGGCUCCUAAAGAAAGCAAAGAGAUUGAAGAACUUCCAUUAGAGUCAAAGCUUAAGGAGAGGGAGGAGCAGAAGCUGAAGAUGAAAAUGGCCAAGAAGAUUAGGCUUCGUAGAAAGAGACUUGUUCGCAAGAGGAUAUUGAGAAAGAAGGGCAGAUGGCCGCCUUCCAAGAUGAAAAAGUUAAAGAAUGUCUGAUCUUAUUUCUCUCUUGGUAUCUGUUGUCUUCUGUUUAUUUAAAUUUGACCUUGAAUUUUAAAAUGACAUUUCUUAUAUUUGAGAGGGAAUUUAUGGAAAUGGGAGUUGGAAAUGAAAGGGAAGAUGAGAAAAAAGAAGAGGAUUUGCAUAAA